CACUGUGCGAAAAUACUGGUGGGCGGAGACUACUGUGGGAACGUAGAUUUUUGUACCUGUCUGCUGCUGAGCUAGUCUGAUUUACCGUUAAUUUGUUUAGUGUGCGACUGUUCUGUUUAUAUAAAAGGACUCGUAUGUUGCAAGGAGAAGUAGACGCAUCGCGCGCUGACAACUUUUCCUCACACCAUGGAGAAACAGUUGCAUUUGAAUUUGCUAGCCUCCAAACCUCCUAUGGCAGGUUUGCAGUCGGGGUCUAAAAUAAGAAUGGGGCCAGGAAGAAAACGAGAUUAUUCCCCCCUUCCCUGGAGUCAGUACUUUGAAACCAUUGAGGACGUGGAGGUGGAAAAUGACAACAACAAAGAAACAUUCAGAAUUUACAGCAGUGGCUCUAUUGGUCCAGUGUUGCUGUUGCUUCAUGGAGGAGGACAUUCUGCACUUUCCUGGGCCGUCUUUACUUCUGUUAUAUGCAGCAGGAUUAACUGCAGGGUUGUUGCUAUCGACCUCAGAGGACAUGGUGAUACUAAAGUAAAGAACUCCGAUGACCUCUCUGCUGAGACAAUGGCAAAGGAUAUUGGAAAAGUAGUGGAGGCACUUUAUGGUGAAAACCCACCCCCUAUCAUGAUGAUCGGUCACAGUAUGGGUGGAGCAAUAGCAGUUCACACUGCCGCAGCCAAUCACGUGCCAUCACUCCUUGGUCUUUGUGUAAUUGAUGUAGUGGAAGGUACAGCAAUGGAUGCCUUGAACAGCAUGCAAAACUUUCUGAGAAGUCGACCAAAAACCUUUAAAUCUGUGGAGAACGCUAUUGAAUGGAGUGUAAAAAGUGGUCAAAUCAGGAAUGUUGAGUCUGCACGGGUGUCCAUGGUUGGACAGGUAAAAAAAUGUGAGGAGCCCUUAAGCAGUCCAGGGGUCUCCAAGAGCAUAGUUGAAGGAAUUAUUGAAGAAGAAGAGGAGGAGGAUGAAGAAGAAACCGAAUCCAACCACAAAAGGAGAAAAGAAGAUGAUCAAGAAAUAAAGAAAGAAAGUUUGUACACCUGGCGUAUUGAAUUGUCAAAGACAGAGAAGUAUUGGGAAGGCUGGUUUAAAGGACUGUCUGCUCUGUUUCUAAGCUGCGGUGUGCCAAAAUUACUUCUGCUGGCUGGUGUUGACAGGCUUGAUAAAGAUCUUACUAUUGGGCAAAUGCAGGGAAAGUUUCAGAUGCAGGUUCUUCCACAGUGUGGCCAUGCUGUUCAUGAAGAUGCCCCAGAAAACGUAGCUGAUGCUCUAGCCACUUUUAUGGUCCGUCACAAAUUCACUGAAUUUAAGGAGGGCUUCCCAUGACGCUGUUGAGUCUCCACCUGUAGUCUUCAUCCAGUUUCAUGUCAUCCUCUCCGCCGUCUUGCUCUACACCAGGGAUUACAGUACAACCAAAACCAUGGCAACGCCUCUGCUGCAAUAUCAUUCUUAGCAUUUCGUUCUUAAAUUAUAUUCAGUUUUGUAUGUCUUUCUGUAUAUUUGCUGUAGUCACUAUUAUUAUAAUGAACAUUUUGACAAGAUAAAUUGAUAAUAAAAUAAUAAUAAUUUAAUAAAGGUAUGUACAUUUACAUUUUUUAUUUCCGCCUAAACUAAUUUCUUUUGCAUUUUCUCUGAUGCCUUGCUUGUUGUUGUUGUAUUUAGGAUGAUUGCAUCAUAUUGUGUUUAAAGUGUCAUUGCUGAUUUCCAGGGAAAGAAUAAAAAAGAGGUUUCAGCA